GAGGCAACAUUAAAGCACAUUACAAGCUCUAAAUGGUUAUGGCAUCCAAUGGGGAGUGUUAUGAACCAGAUUGUGGAUGGCUCAUAACCAAAAGAUUAUACCAUCGGCGGCCCAAAAAAGAGAGAAUCGGCCAGCUUUUCCUUAUGUCUUUAUGUUUUCCUUUUCCUAGUUGGAUUAUGAUUUGUACUCUUUCCAUUUAUCUACUUAUCUAUAACGGUGUAAUCUCAUAUAUAAGGAACCUCUAUGUUAUGAAUAAAGAUAGAAUUUUCCAUUAUUUUCACAACAUAUAUAUGAAUUUUUAAAAAUUCGAUAAAUUCAGUUUUAUUAAUAUAAUAGAAUAAUAAAGCAAUGUAAAAAUGUAUAAAUUUAUAAUUUGUGAUAUUAAAAAAACAUUAUUUAAAAACUAGUUUAAGAUGGGUAUAUAUAUCCGUGUAUGCGUGUUUUCAUUAAACCCAAUUAAUUUUACUAAGCCCAUGAAGAACUAGGGUUUAGACCUGUUCAAGCACACCUUAAUAUAUAGAAUGAGGGUCAUUAAGCUCAGAAGCAUGUUACCUUGAUCACGGAUUGCAGGCGUGCAGAUUCAUCGAUCCAUAUUGUGAGUUUUCCUGUCACUGUGGUCUAUGUGUUACUAUUUUUGAUUGAAAAUAAGAUAUGUGGUGUUUGAUCUUAUUAAUAUUUCUAUUGCAGCGUUUGUAGAAACUUAUAAAAAUGACAAUGUGCGAUGAUCUUCCACACGAUUUGAUAAGGGAAAAGAUACUCACCAAUGUUCCAAUAACAUCUCUGAGAGCAGUGCGGUGUACUUGCAAAUUAUGGAAUGCAUUAUCCAAAGAAUUUAUCCUUGGUAACGAAACAUCAAGGCAGCAUCAUGAGUUUCAAGGGUUCAUGAUGAUAUCUAAUAAGAUUUGCCCCUUUAGAGUCGAUAUCCAAGGAAUCAUCAGCAAUCACAACAAUUUGGUCGAUCCAUCCACGAAGAAAUUAGAUUUACUUGAUCAAGUCGAGGUAUCUAGAGUAAUUCACUGUGAUGGCUUACUGUUAUGCGUCACCAAUGACAACUCCAAACUCUUGGUGUGGAACCCUUAUCUUGCGCAAACAAGGUGGAUCAGACCGAGAAUAUGUUACGGAAAAUCAGACAUGUAUGCUAUUGGUUACGACAACAACAGUAAGGUCCGUAACUAUAAAAUCUUGAGACUUAGUACUAGUCAUUAUUAUGGCCUAGGCAUUGAGUUGGAAAUCUACGACUUUAGUUCUGAUUUAUGGAGCUUUCUUGGUGUCUUCCCCGACUAUAAAAUAAAUUCUUAUCACAGCCUCGUGAAUUUGGCGGGAUCUACUUACCUUUUGGCUAGAGUGAUCAGAAGAACAACUCGUAAAAAGAGAAAUCAUUAUGAGUAUUUAGCAUCUUGGGAAAAUUGUUUGCUAUGUUUUGAUUAUACAAGUGAGAGAUUUGGACAGCACAUGCCUCCCCCGUUUAGCUCUUAUUAUUAUUAUACGGAUACUGUAGCUUUAUCUACAGUUAGGGAAGAUAAACUUGCUGCACAUUGUUAUGGUUUUUAUCAAUCGUUUGUGACAUUGGAGGUUUGGGUUACGAAUAAGAUUGAGGCCAACGCGGUGUCGUGGAGCAAGUUUUUAAAGGUGGAUAUGGGAUCAAUGGUACCAGUCAGGGAUUUUCUGUGCAAUUGGAAAGCUGAUUUAGUCUUCGUUGAUGAGGAGAAUAAAGUCGCUGUGAUAAUCCAUGAAAGCCGAAAUUACUCAACCAAGCUCCAACUAACAGCUUACAUCAUUAGAGAAGAUGGAUACUUCAGAUCUAUGAACAUCGGUGAAGUGAAUUUAAAUUUCUCUAGAAAGUUUGAAGUGCAACAUGUGUUUUCCCCUUAUCAUCCAAGUUUAGUGCAAAUCAACCGACGGUCAUACGGGGGAGAUGGCUGUGCGAAUGGGCAUUCGGAACCUUUGGGUAGAGUCUGACUCGUUAUAUGCAGUCGAGUGAUACGUGACUAUGGUUAGAUAGAUUAAGAUAUUUUACAUUAAGAGUUUUGGUAAUUUUCUAUUUAAUAAUUGGUUUUGAAGUUUUCCUUUUUAUAUUAGUUUAAGAGUUUUCCAUAUUCUACAAAGUUGUAUUCCUAUAUAAGGGUUUCAUAUCUAAUAAUAUAAAGUAGAGUUACUCUCUCCUGUGAGGACGUCACGUCACUAAUUCGAUCAUCAUGGGUGCGACACAUGUCCCCACACUCUCAAAACUCGCCGUAUGAUUUAUAAAAUUUUGGGUUUCUUUCCCCUGAAGUUGGGCUUUUUCCACGCAGUCAGGCCCGUCGAACUCUACAUCGGAUAUCAAAACUUAAACGUUGCGUUUUGGAUUAGGGUUCGUAGUGUCCGUCUCGCGUCUCCAAUCUUCCUCCAUCGACUGAUUCGUCUUCUUCUUCCACGAACAGAGACAGUAACCGAUUCCCUCAUAAAGCCCUCCUUAAUCAAUCACACACGAUCUCCAUUCAAUGCGACCCCGGAGAGUGCAAGGCGGUGGACGCUCUGCUAUAAAAAGUUCGCAUGCUCUGAUUUGACAUGCUUUUUCUGGAUUCUCAGUUCCUAAUGAGUUGAGCGGCUGGCAGAUAAAACUCAAUGAGAGAAGACAGAAGCUGGAGAAGAGAAGAGUGAGGUUCAAGUUGUGCUCCUUGGACAAGGACUUGGAGAUUUUUUAUCUGAAUCCUCACCAAUGUAAGGUCUCUGAACCACAAGUGUACAGGUUCUGCUGAGUACACAAGUCUAAGAUAUCUUGAGAGCUCAUCAGGGGUAAGUUCUGAGAACAAGAGAAGACAUUUCUUAUGUCUCUACAACAGAUUUAAUGUUUAACUUAUGCUCUAAAUUGUUCCAAGAAUCAAGUUUGGGUCUAGAAAAACGAGACAGAAACAUUCAAUACCUGAAACAAGAGCAGGAGCAACCAAGUCAUGUCUCUGUUCUAGAGAGGAUACGUCUGGAAGAAGAAACAAUAGAAGAGAAGAUUAGAUUGCUAUCUUUUCAUGAUUCAUGAAUCUUCUAGAGAAGGACUCAGUUCACAGGUUUGUGAAGAAAGUUCUUGAAGCUUCAAGACUGAACUGGACUAAUAUCAUGGCAAGAUGCAACGAAGAAACAUCACUACUUAACGAAUUCUCACACGGCGAUCACAACAAGGGUAAGCUUCUUCUGGUUCUUGAUUACACGGACGAGAGUCUCCGAGAGAUUUACCGUCGAGACAUCAUCAAGUUUUGGCCUUUCUUGAGAGUUAUCAUCAAUCUACCAUCUUCUUCCUUUAGAGAAGACCUGAUUCACGAGACGCUGAGACGUUUCGACUGGGGUUUACUCUGCUGUGACACUCCAAGAACGUUGGAUCAGAUCAUUGAGACUGAUGUGGUAAAGCCAUCAUAUCUUUGGUCGGGUUUUGGUGGUGAAGCUGAAGGUGGAAGUAGCCAGGCGCAGAUAGCAUCGGAGAAGGUGAAGAAAGCACGCAAUGCAUAGGUGAAAGAGGAUUGGAGUUCAAGACGCAGUUUUUUUUAAUGCUUAAGUCGUUUAUGCUGGUUUUUUUUUCCUUUUCUGGUGUUUGUUUUAUGAACAAGUUUGACUUUCACUCUUUGCUACUUCUAUAAUUUUGGUUUUUUAAUACCAAAUAUAAAAUAUAUCUCAUUUCAGAAA